AUGUUCACCCCUCACACCUCCCUGGGGGCUCUCCUCCUGUACGCCGGCGCAGACGCCCUCCUCACCCACACCGGCCGCGUGUUUGGCAUCUCCUCCCUUCUGGCAGGCUCUCUCCAUCGCCCAGAUGCAGACAAUCUAUCUGUCAUCUCUGGUUUGGCGGCGAGUGCUUUGCCUGUCUAUCUGUUUGCUCCGGGGUUGAUCCCCUCCUACCCGCUCCUCUCUCGUGGAUCUAUCGUUUCAGCUGUCGUAUUGGGGGCUCUUCUCGGAUGGGGGACAAAGAACGGCCGUGGUUGUACCUCCGGCCAUAUGCUUUGCGGUGUCUCUCGUCUCUCUCCUCGCUCCUUGAUCGCCACCGCCAUCUUCUUCUCUGUCGGACUCCUCACGGCAAAUAUAGGCCAUCUACUGGGCGCGAACCAAUUCAACCACUGCAAGGGAUUCCCCUGCUAUACACCCGUCUACCCGUCCAGUCCGGAGCUGGGCUUUAUGCUCGUCACGGCAGUUCUUGCCCCGCUCGUCAACGCCCUCGUCCCGCGGAUAUUCAAAAGACAAACCAAGUCUCAACCUCGCUCGGCAACCACCCUCGUCUCCUUUCUUGCCGGUCUGGAAUUCGGGCUCGGCCUGUUCAUCACCGGAAUGGCGGAUCCAGCCAAAGUCCGUGCCUUCUUUGCUUUCCUCGCCGAUCCUUCGCGCUUCGAUCCCUCCCUCGCCCUGGUCAUCGUCUUUGGAAUCCUCCCCUUGAUGGUCUCUUAUCAUAAAUCCACACUGGUGAAGAAAGAAAAUCACCCUCCCACCCUGACGGACUCCUGGAGUCUCCCCACCGCCACGGUGCAAGAUAUCGACUGGCGCUUCGUAGCUGGAGCGGCCGUCUUCGGUCUGGCAUGGGGGUGGUCGGGUGUCUGUCCUGGUCCGGCUAUUCUGCGCUCCGUCCUGCAGCCUUCAUGGGGGGUGUGUGCCAUGGCGGGGUAUAUGUUGGGGAGUUGGUAG